UUUUUUGAAUAACUUUUUUUAGUGGAUAUUUUUUACUAAAAUUUUCUCUCAAAUUUUAUCACAUUAUAACAUUGUUUAAAGUUUUAAAUUGUAUCAAAUAUGGUGAAAAUUGGUGUUAUUGGUGGAACUGGAUUGGAUGCUGAUCUCAAUAUAUUGAAAGAUGUACAAAUGAUAAGUGUUCCUGUUACACCUUAUGGUCAGCCAUCAGAUGAUCAGGUUACCAGCGGGAAAAUUGAUAAUGUUGAUGUUGUUCUGAUGAGUCGGCAUGGAAAAAAACAUGAUCGUAACCCAUCAGAUGUUAACUAUAGAGCCAAUUUGUGGGCACUCAAGGAGCUUGGUUGUACUCAUGUUUUGGUUACAAAUGCUUGUGGAUCUUUACAAGAGGAAUUCAAGCCAGGCAUGAUUGCGAUUGUGGACCAAUAUAUCGACAGAACAAAAUCAAGACCUUCAACAUUUUAUAAGGUCAUUCAUAUACCGCAAGCUCAUCCUUUUGAUAAGAUAGUGCAAAAGAUGAUUGAAGAGGCAUGUAAAGCUGUAGGAGCUGAAUAUCGACCUGGAGCUUGCAUAGUGGCUGUUGAAGGCCCGCGCUUUUCCACUCUGGCAGAAUCUAAGCUUUACAAAUCAUGGGGUGGAGAUAUUAUUGGUAUGACUACCGUGCCUGAGGCUCCAUUAGCUGCUGAAUUAGGCCUAUUCUAUAAUUCCAUAGGAUUGAUUACUGAUUAUGAUUGUUGGCAUGAAGAUGAAGGGGAAUCAGUUAAUGUUGAAUUGGUGGCUGCUCGAAUGAAAAUGCUUGCUGGGAUAUCAAGAAAAGUAUUGAUUGAAACAAUUAAACGAAUUGGAAAAUAUGAUUGGUCCGAAAAAAUUGCAGCCAAAACCAAAGAAGCUCAAGGUUCUAUCAUGUUCAAAUGAUAUUAAUGUGAUCAUAAGUUUAUAUGCAAUAGCUUUGUUACUUUUCCAAUAAGAAAUAAAAUGAAUAUGUAAUUCUAUAAUGUGA